UACGAUAACGCUAGCUCUAUUCAUGAUCAUUUGACUUAGUUAUUUUUUUCUUGUUCCAGGGUUGACACCUCAGCAACAGUCCACUUCCCAUGUUUGAUCACAGACCAGCGGCCAUUGCCUGUGCACCUGGCCUUCAGAGGCAUUACAGUAAGCGUCGGAGGAAGGCAAGUUCUACAAGAUGUGGAUGGGUUGGUACGCCCUGGACAGGUUUUGGCUGUCAUGGGGCCCAGCGGAUGUGGGAAGACGACGUUACUCAACGCGCUCAGUGGCAGAUUGAAGCUCGACUCGGGACAGAUAUUCUUCAACAGAGAACCCCUAUGCAAAAGAUGGAAGAGGAAGAUCUGCUACGUCCUACAGCAAGACAUCUUCUUCCCAGACCUAACCCUCCGACAGACUUUGGAAUAUACGGCAAGACUGAGACUACCCGACACAAUGAGUCACUCACAGAAGAUGCAGUAUGUGGACCACAUCAUCGACGUCUUGGAGCUUGGACAGUGUCAGGACACAAUCAUAGGGGAUUAUAUCAAAAGGGGAUUAAGUGGAGGUGAGAAAAAGAGGGCGAAUAUUGCCUGCGAACUGUUGACGAAUCCGUCUUUGAUGCUCCUGGACGAACCUACGUCAGGGCUGGACUCGCAUGCUGCUCACGGCCUGAUGACGACACUAAAGAGGUACGCUGUGUCAGAAGGCAAAACGGUAGUCAUCACACUUCAUCAACCGUCAUCUCAAAUAUUCCACCUUUGUGAUAAACUCCUGCUUCUUUGCAACGGACAGACUGCCUACUUUGGAGACACCUGCAAAGUGGUUGAUUUCUUCAGUAGCGUAGGCCUGAAUAUUAUGCCACAUUAUAACCCUGCAGACUUUAUUUUGGAACAAGUAAAGGGACCUCCAGAAUUAAGGCAAAUGAUAAUAAACGCUGCCAAGGAAACAAGGAAAAAUAAAGAUUACCCAGCAGAACUGCAACAUGAUUACCAUUACAUUUCGGAAAAAUAUAACGACCAUUCGAAUAAAAUAUUACCAGCUACACACGGGCCAUAUCUCGAACAAGAUACCUUAAACGCAAUGGAACCAGAUGUUCGACGGUUAUGGAUGGACACGCAUUCCCACGCAUCAUCCUCAGUGAGCUCAGAAACCAGUGACGCAGACUGCUACUUCUCAUGGCCCACCAGUUUCUGGACACAGUUCAAGGUCCUUUCACAAAGGAACUUCCAGGAAGCGCGACCAAGGAUGCUGUCCAAACUGAACUGGGUGCAAACGAUAGGUCUGGGCUUCCUGGCUGGACUUCUGUGGUUCCAGUUGGAGAGGAAGGAGCAGGCGCUGCACGAUAUCCAGGGAUGGAUGUUCUUUUCUACGACGUACUGGAUGCUAUUUGCACAUUUUGGAGCUCUUAGCUCCUUUCCCCCAGAAAGAGAAGUGAUAAACAAAGAAAGGCAAUCCGGUGCCUAUAGACUGUCCGCGUAUUAUUUAGCUAAAAUGUUUGGAGAGUUACCUUUGACUGUGUCCCUUCCAGCAGUCUACCAUCUUAUAUCUUAUCCUAUGUUAGGAGUUCAUUCCCCCAUGGUCUUCCUCACGAUGUUGGGCUUCCUUCUGCUGAACACCGUCGUAGCUCAAUCGGUAGGCUUCUUUAUCGGCGCCUGCUGCAUGGACAUGCAGGUCAGCAUCACCAUUAGCGCACUCUACACGUUGGCCACGCAACUGUUUGGCGGGUACCUGGCCACCAACAUCCCGUACUGGCUGACGUGGAUGAGGUACCUUUCCAUGGUGCACUACGCGUACCAGAAUAUGCAGAUAGUCGAGUUUGGAGAGGGAUUGCCCAUUAAAUGUGCCCCACAUUCAAAGUACGCAAUCUGCGCAGAAUUAGACUACAUCCCAGUGUCCUCGAUAAUCGAGUCUCAGGGGCCAUGUUUGCCCCUAUGGGCUAACACGCUGGUCCUGUUGGCCUUCUUACUCGUCUUCAGGGUCCUGGGCUACAUAGUGCUGCGAUACUUCCGGGCCCCUAAGUGACGCUACAUACAAUAAGCCCCUGACAUCCCUAGGGGCUACGUACGAAUCAUUGUGAUACAAUUUACAAUAUAGAUAUUAUGACGCGGACGUACGACGUCAGAAUCAAAAAAAGAUUUCCGAAAGAAUCUAGCGCAUUUUUAUUGUCCUUAGUAAAUGUUGUUACUAUUUCUAGGAUAUACAUUGUCUCUAGGUGAAUCAAGCAUCCCGUAAACGGAAUUUUUUAGUGAGUCGAUAGGUAGACAUCAUGGAUUGAUGACAUAGGAGAUAUUACAAAAUUCAUUUGCGCUAUAGUUUUUUUUAUUAAAGUUCCUUUUUGCCGGAAAAAAUGGUUAUUGGCUAACAUAAGGGAAGUAACAUGGGUCGUUCUAUUAGAAAAACUCAGUUAGAUGUUUAUAUGCCAUCACUAAACUCAAAAUUAGUGUCACAAAUUGUAACAACGGGGAUCAUGAGUGGAUUUAUCAAUCCUGAGAGUGAAAACUACUAAUUUCAUCUAUAGAAUAUACGCAUUCAGAUAUUUCAGAAAAUAGGUAUUCUAAAUUUUAUUUAGUUGAUUGUUAUUUAAAAGCCCAAGAUUCACAGUUUCCUAAUUUUUUUUCUAAAUUCGAAAAUUUUCAAUUAAGUUAAUAUUUUUAUGAGCGCAUGGUUGUAACACCUUUCUACUUCAAAUCUAUAAUUUAAUAAGCUGAAACACAAAACCUGGAUACUCAUUAUAAUUACGUAUUCAUACGCUUUAACUUUUCUUUGUAGUGUCACUGCAGUGCCACAAAAGUUAUAUUUUUAUAUAUAUAUUGUGACAGAGAGCCACCAUUCGCUCAUGUAAACGUAAAAAUCGAUAUUCGAAAAAGGGCUAAUUUUUGACGAAAAUGCCAAAAUUGACUUUUAGAGGACAACCAACUACUACUUUAAUAAAAAUGCUGCUUAAAGAUAAAAAUAUACAUAUGUUUAUGAAUAUUUCAACUCAAAGGUUUCAUAUAUACUAUCAACUCAAAAUUUGAGUCAUUUUCAGCUACAAUAAUCUCCUAUGAAACCUGAUCCUUUGAAUUUUGAUUUACGAAUAUAUAUUUUGCAUUUGAGGCUGUACCUAUCGGCUGACUGUAAACCUAGUAGGAAUUUUCUAAAUUAAUAUUUGAUAAUAUACUUACUGUGAUUUUCGUGAAAAUAUCUGCUUUACACGUGUCAAUCUUCGUGUUAGUAUAAUGGAACUGAAUACUUAUUAGCGAAAAAUUAUAUCUAUAUUAAAAAAUAAUAACCAAUUUUAUUAUACAGGAUAUGUCAGAGAAACGUGGUUUACUAGAUUUGAAACUUUUUAUGUACGCGGGAUUUUUAACUGCUGAUACCUCCAGUCCAAGUAGAUAUGUGGAAGCAUAUUCCUAUAUAUUGUAUAAGGUUUAUUAUUGACAUAUAAGUUGUCUUUUUCUACUCUAAGCUGACUUAGACUGGACCGUGUUUCUAAAAAAAAGUAUUGUCAAGACUGAAUUUUCAUACGUUUAAAUAUAGACCCUCAAAAUGCAUUUUUUUGAUGUACCCUGUAUAAAGUUGUUUCACUAAUACAGUCUUGGGUAAAAGCUUUGGACAUUAAAAAUAAUACGAAGGGUGAGAAUCUUUUCUCCUAAGGCUUGUCCAAGGUAUUUAAGGUCUACUACAGAUAGAUUGUUUACUUAAAACAUUUAUCCCUGACUGUAUGCUUAUGGUAUAUAAAUGUGUAUCCUAGCUCUAUUCAGUUUUUGAUACGAUGAAAGGCAAAAGAGAUUCCUCCGACCCGGAAUUCAACAGGACAGUUUUUGUGAUUGCGGUGAAAAAGGAAGGAAAGAAAUAAAUGAACAGGCUGUGCUUAAACUGUAACUAUUCGUUUUUAAUUUUUCACGUAAUAUUUAGGUUUAUACGUCUAGUUUUAUAUACAUAUAUACAUUCAUUCCUAUCUGUGCCGGCGGUAAAGAUGCACGUUUUUGCCGCUUGCAUAGGUGAAGCUUGAACCAGAACCCAAUGCAUCCAAAACUAUAGGAUUCUACCAUUCUAAUCUUGCGCUGAAUCUUGAAGGACUUACUAGAGUCUCUUUAUAGGUAUGCCAAAAUGUAGUUCAUGUUACAAGGAACCUUCCAAUUUUAUUUGUAUAUCGCUUGGUUAACAAAAAAUUGUAAUAUUAAUUUAUAUUACAAUAAAACUAUACUAUCAGUUCUUGGACAAUACUAUAGUUUCAGACUAGACUUUUUUCGUUUAUACAAUGAUUGGCGUGUCCAGUAUUUUUUAUAUCAUAGUUUUGGUGCAUGAAAUUUUGAUUCAAGCUUGAUGGUAUGCCGUGUAGGCAUAUACGGGGUGUUUAAGAAUUAAGUUUUUGUAUUGAAAAUAGGAAAAUAAGUCUGAUGUAAGGUUAACUCGAAUCGAUUUGCGGAUUACUCGUCAUAUUUUACUUUUGUUACUAUAAAAUUAAAAUACGUAUACUCUCAUAUUUCUAGAAAGAUCCAUUUUAUGAUGGUAUACACAAAAACUUACUUUUCAUGGAGGCAAACGUCAGAAAGCAGUAAAAACUUGUAUGAGAGAAGUACAAACUUAUAUAAUUGUUACUCAACUUCUACUUCCCGUCAUAGGUAAAGUUGAAGCAGCGAAAUUUCACCGGACUAUAUCCUGUUACCAGAUGACAUCAACGACUUCUGUUCUAGGGAUUUGUCUGAUAAAUAAGCUUUUGAAGUUGAUUUCAUUAGAUGGUCGUUUAAUGAAAUUGCGAAAUAAGUUCGCCGGACUAUAUAUUGUCGAACUGAUUAACGACCACGGUCUGGUGAAAUUAACAUUUUGAGUUUUUGAUUUAUUGUCCCAUCGUCUAUGGAGUAUACAGUAAAAUCACCAAUUAUUAUGUUAAACUAAAGUACAAGUUGUACACAACGUUACCAGUACUAUUUAUGUGCAGAUAUUGCACCUAAAAAUUUGAAAAAAGGUUAACGUAAACAUGGGCCUGGAAAUUUACCAUUUUAACGGUACGAAAAAAAUUCUACGCCACUGGUUUUUGCUGAAAUAAAUUUCACAAAUCUGGUUAUUUAGUCCGGUGUGGAGUAUUUGUAUUCCCAAUUAUUAAAUUAUCCUAAAAAAUCAUUUUCUAUUGUAACUCAAAGACUACAAAUAAAUUUUUGUGAUGUUGACGUGUUUCCGCUGGUCAAUUUAAAUUAUUCCGCCCCGUAUAUCUUUCGCAUCCGAGAUAAGGAAGAGAGAUGGAGAGAAAGAAGUGUCAGUGAAUGAUGAUGAUGAUUAGAUGAUGAUGCACAGUGUGCCUUCGUUUUAGUAUUUGAUGUGCCAAGAAUUGACAACCAGCUAAGGCUACUGCCACAAUUACAAUUUAAACAUAAACAUUUGAUAAGAAACAACGUCGAAAUGUAUUAUAGGAUAUGUGUAGAGUGUAAGAUGUAUUGGUGUGAUUUUACUUCUAGGAUACCAAUAUACCAGCGACAGCCAUUCAUAAAAAAAUAAAAGAACUUAAGGAAAAAAUAUACUUAAGGGUUUGAACACACGUUGAGUCUUGGAUAAUUCUUUAUUAAUACCGGAUUUAAGAAGUAUCUCGAAAGUGAGUCUUUGUCACUGAAUUUAAUUCGAUACCAUAUGCCGGGAGCGAAGAGCAUACAAGAAGGACUAAAUCGAUCGCAAUCACGCGGUGGACCAAAAGGAAGACUCCAUCGGACUGACAGUGGAAUAUACAGGUGGUCUCUAUGACGAAAUCUGUAUCGUGUGUGAUCAACUGAGACCUGUCAACGUGCGAAAAACAGUAAAUGAUUGUCAGUUGAACAUUCAAACCCCAAAUACCUCCGCGAAGAGUCCGAAAUUGUCGUUCACCCAGCGAAUACAUUGAUGUGUAGAGAUACACUUCGCAUUCUUCUUCUUGUAAGAUUUUUUAGUGCAGAAUGUUUCCAUAAACCCUAUACAUUUGAGUUUGUCGUUAAUAUGCUGGUAUCCUAAGAGGAACGGUGCUAAAAGGUUCUGCGAUGACAUUUUUGAGGAAAUUUAUGAAAGUACGUAUUUCAUUUCGCUAGUUUACUGCUGAAAAUGCCUUAAAAGUGUCUUUUUCUAGUUUGAUGGCAGUAUGCGCACUGUCAAUUAAAACUGACUUGACAUAAACUGCCACUUAAGCAUUAUCCAAACGCUCAUUUUUGCAUGGGACUUGAGUCACUCAACAGUGCUUGACAUGUAGGUGUCUUUUUUUUACUUCAUUGUCGAGAAUUGUUGCGACACACUGUCAUUGGACACAAAUCCCGUAGAUAAAUGGACGUCAAGAGUUCCUUAUAUGUAUAACAUUCAUAAAACUUAUAUCUGGAAACCACGCUCAUUUUGCAUCACCAUGUUUUAAUAAUAUUUUUAGUAGAAAAAUUUAUUCGUUAUUAAUAUUUUUUGGAAUUUCAUUUCCUUCCUACAUGAACUAUUCACGCUAAACAACUCGUCGUGUUUCUUCUUUAGGUAGUCAAUACCAGAAAUGGCUCAAAGUGAAUAAACAUUGUUGCUCAAUAAUAAAAAAAAAACGAACAUUUGAAGUAUAUGUCAAAUCAGAUUUGCAGUAUAUGAAUUUGGUACUUGAGGCAAAAUUUUGAUAGUUUUUGUCAAUACACUGUGUCAAUUAAAUUUUUACUUAUGUACACAUAUGAAUGGGUAUGUUUACUCUUCUGACUAAUGAAAUAGGUGCAGAACAUCAUCGUUUUACUCGUGAUGGUACCUGUGAAGAAUGCCUUUCACCUUAACCACAUCACGAAAUUAUUUGUUUAAAACCUUUGAACCAAUUAUUGCUUCAAUAUUACCGUGGUCAUAUUUAUUAUCGAUAUCGCCUUCGCAAUAAACAUUUUUGAUAUACCUUAUAAUCACGAAACAUUGAGACUAUAUAGCCAUAAGACUGUUCUUGACGUAUGCGUAGCAUUUCAUAAAUUUCCAAAUACUCAAUUUGAAAUAAAACAUUCAGAUGUAUAUUUUUUACUAUAUUACAUCACUAUAUGCAUUUCUUAUGUUCUAUGAACACGUUGAGGUUGAUGUAAGAUAUACCAAUGGCACAACGUACUGUAUGGUACUCCACUAAAGUUCUAGAAAGUCCUGGAAAAUUCAUUAGAAAAAUUACUUGAUUCGACAUGAGUCUUAUUUUAAUGUUCGCAUUUAAUGUUUUUCUGGGUUUUCAUUUCUGUGAUCUGUAAAAGUCGGAAAUUUGAAUUGGUGACCCGUAUACAUACAUAUGUUGUGAUAUUUGUGUAUCAUGCAAUACCGCAUGCGAAAUAGGGCGACUUAUUUGUUAAGCAUGUUUUUUAUUUUUUGAUUACCUUUAAGUUUUUCUAGGAGAAAGUAAAUUACCUGAAAUGUAUGAUUACCAGUCAAGUGUUCAGUCACUCAGUCAAAGUAAGCGCUUUUUCUGUCAAAUUUUUAUUGAACACUACCCUUUAUUUGUACAAAUAUAUUUAUUUGGUGUUCAUAAUUUUUUGGACAGGAUGGCUGUAUAAUAACCAUAUACAUAAAAUUAUUUCUGCGAAUAUUUGCCUGUUUUUAUUUUAAGGUAUUUCCUUUGUAAAUAAAUUUAGUUUUUUGGACCAAAUAUUUAUUAUUUCUUUAAAGUCAGCUCCUUUGUUAAGAGUUAUGUAAAGUUUUAUGACGUGUUAUGAUGUACUGAAUAUAGCAUAAUUCUUCCUUUGUAUUAUAUAAAUAACUUUUUUUGAUGUUAUACCUAUAAUAUUUAUUCUAGGAAAAUGAUUCCAAUUUACAUUUACAUGUAUCGUCUAAAAAAUGCCUGUUAUUAUAAGAUAUUUAAAAACGUAUUCGACCAAAAUUAGAUACUGCCAUUUUUCUCACUGUUUAAUGCAAAUUAUGACUAGGAAAAUGUUAUUAAAAUUAGGUAAAUUGCAAUGUUCGAGGAAAAAAUAAGAUAUCAGAUGUUAUCAUAUCAUAAUUAUUAUAAUCUCAUUCAUCUUAUACUUCCAUAUUAUAUUUGUAUAUUUGUACAAAGUCAGACUUCCUGUAUGUAUGUUAUAGCUAGUCCUAGCUUUCUCAUUUCACUAGG